UCAUUUAAUUUUAAAUAUGGUUUGAACAUUUUUCUUUGACACUUUCAAAUGAUUGAUUAGUAGUAGAACAUCGUUGGGCAGCAGUAGACAUCAGCUAUUAGAUAAAACAUCACAUGAUUUUAUGAUCAAAUAUUAAACACAUGAAUGCCAAAUAUAUUUAAAUGGCGAACACUCGUGAUUAUUGAAAACAAAUGUGUAUUGUGUAUAAAAGAUUUUUAUUUUUCCAAUUUUAUUUUAGCGGACAAAAUGAAUUGUAUCCGCGUGAGAACGUGUUGUUUUAUGUGUUCGGUAACGACAGGGAGCAAAAUUUUUGGAUGGGUCAUAACACUUGCUUCAACCGCCGGGAUUAUCUAUCUAGCUGCUACGUUCAACGAUGUCUUCACACCUCCUGUGUCGAUAGCAGGACUUACAUUUGCAGGCCUAGUCCUCUUUGGUGGGGUCACCCUCCUCGUCGGAAUCUAUAGUGAGUCGUCCAACGCCGUUCUCGGGGCGCUGAUCGUACUCGUCCUGGUAUUUUUAGGAGCAGUGGCCUUGGCCGUGCCUUUCGCCGAAGGGUACAUCACUGGAAAAGUCUCGUUUAUGAAAACUUUGCCGUCGUUCGCCGGGAUAAUACUGCUUAUCCUUUUAUGUUUAACCAUUAUAGUGAGUGUUAAUUCAAAGUAUCUUCAAAUGCGGGAGGAGAAAAGAAAUGCAGAAGAAGGCCACGAAGAAGCAAGCGACUAUGACCAACAUUCCUACGGGGGUAAUGUUCCAAGCCUUAAAUCCAAUUUGAAAAAUCCGUCUCAAAGGCGUUCUUUAAGUCAGCCGUUAAAUCAAAGAAACUCGAAAGUUUAUCCACAACAGCAAAUGUACCCCAAUCAACAACAACAAAUGGCUCACCAUCAACAACAACAAAUGGCACACCAUCAACAACAACAAAUGGCACACCAUCAACAACAGCAAAUGGCGUAUAACCAACAACGACAACAACAACAGCAACAAAUGGCUCAUCAACAACAAAUGGCGCAUCAACAGCAGUUAGCUCAGCAACAGAUGUGGCAUCCUUCUGCACAACCCGUACCGUCCAUGACUCCGAUUGUAAUGCCAUUCGUCUCUAUGCCGAUGUACCAUCCAAUACCGCAGAUGACUUACUCCCCCCCGCCACCCGAACCACCCAAACAACAAUAUAUCAAACACUACCCACCGAAAAACUUAGCGUUUGAAAGACCUUUGAAAAUAAGAUUACCGUCAAUGGAUAUGAACGCAAAGAAGCCGUCUUCAAUCCCGAUUAUAUACGAGUCUGAACUUAAAAAGCAAAAAAGCGCAGCUUCCAGCAGGACUCUCUCCAGCACAUCGAGCAGAAGCACGCCACGAAACAGAGUUCACUUCGCUUCUUCAGGAAGUAAUUCAUCGCGCUCGUACGUCACAUAAUAAUUUAAACAAAUGGACAUUGGCUUUCUAUAUAACCUCAAGAAGCAAUCUAAAAAAAAUCGCUUUUUCUUUCGAAUCCGCUGUAUUUUACCCAUUUCCGGUAUUAUUUACAUCGGGAGGGGGAAAAAUUCACAAUUUUUUGUUAAUAUUAGCAGAAAGGUCAGUUGGAUUAAUGUAUUUAAGUUAGAAAUGUGUUCAUUUAAAAAUUA